ACCUUCACAUACGACCAUAGGACGUUGAAAACAAGGCUUCCCGUUCGCUCAGCCCUAUUUAAGCAACGUACCGGCGGAUUAGUAGUUAGGUGGGUGACCACUAGCGAAUACCCGCUGUUGUAUGUUUUUUGGCAAUUUGAUUGUAUACUACGUCGACAAGCUGCUCCUUCCAACAACUCCAGGCAUAGUUUCCAGUACCUCUUCUCUACUGAUCGCGCUCUCCGCCGCCACGACAUCUAA